AUGUGUUCCUCCAGCCCUGCAGCGACAGCGAGCGCGGCGCCAGACUCGAAAGCCGCACUCGACACCAUCCCGCAGGAGAUCUUCGACGAAGUCAUUCAUCAUCUCGGUUUCGAUUGGGUUUAUGGCUACCACAAGUACAAAAAGCUCCUCGCCCAGCUGCGACUUGUGAGCAAAGCAGUCAACGUCAAGAUUUCGAAGAAGUUCGCGGACAACUUUUUCUCCACCAUCGAGGUCCUUCUGUCGGAUCGGGAAAGCCUCGAGAACGCUCUUGCGGUCGCCAGGCACCCAGUCUUCGGUGCGGCAGUGCGCAAAGUCAUCCUCCACAUAGAUGAGUUGUCCGAUGAGCAUAUCGCCGGCUACUCGGUCGGAGAGCAGGGUUCAUUCAGCGACGAGCAUGUGGCAGCCACAACCUCGAUGCUGCUAGCACAAAAGCUUCUCCACGAUAGCCACGAUGGCCUCAAAGCUCUGAUCCUUACCUUUUGCCACCUUCGGCUACAUGGCAAUGUCGAGCUUGUCGCAGUCGUUGAUCGCACGAGGGGAGGUCAUGCCUGGAAAAACACUGCGCCUCAGUACAGCGCGUUCGAAUCAAAAUACGGUACUUCACUUCUCCGCCUCAAGCCUCCGAGACCAGAUAACGUCAGACAAGUCACGAUGCUCAUGCAAGCCCUCUCACUGAGCGCUGUCGCUCCAAAGAGAGUGUACCUCAACAAUCGGGCAUGGACCCUGCCAGCGCACGUCUUCAGUACCAACGUUGACCUCCUCACAACCUGUCGAGAGAUCAUGGCCCCCAUCGAGGAGCUCCAGCUCUCCGUUUGGGUCAAGUCGGGAUCCGAGAGUCUCGAGUCUGCUAAAUUCUUCUUCGAAAUGCUCGCCAGUGGGCCAAACCUGAAGAGCCUCGCUCUUGUCAUCAGAACCAACAAGAGGUACUUGGGUGGAGAGCGAGCCAUCGAGCGUGAGUUUCGAAAGCUCGAAGCAGACCGGACCGGAGUAUCAGCUUUGAUAUUGCAAUGUACCAUGCCGAAGCUGCAAGAGCUGACACUCCAAGGCUCCGACAUCAGCUAUGCAGAUCUUAAGACUUUCGUGGCUCGUCAUGACGGUUUGCAGAAGCUCUCCUUGCACUACAACAAGUUGCUUGGAGUCGAUUCAGAUCCGGGUUUACAAGGUAGCCUUCUGACCAUGUCGGCUUGGGAGGACAAUAGUUUUAUUGUGGGGAAGAGAGACACUUCGAGCAACUACUUUGCUCGGAAUUGGGUCUCAAGGUGGAGUACUGGCAAGACAGAGACUACAUGCUCGAAGCCAGACCUUGGGGGGGUAGCGAAUAUGGCAGUGAGAGCUUUGACGAUGGUGAGAGCGGCGAUGCUGCAGAAGCCUAGGACGACCACUGAGUCGCAGAAAUUGCUGUGUUGGCCCUGA